UCGCAUAUCUGCGCUGCUUCUGCAAGGGCCCAAGCGUGGUCACGAGAGCAUCCCACUGAUCGAUUCGCCAUAGUGUCCUUCUUGUCCCUGACUACAUCUACCCUCCAUCGCCCUCCAUCGACUCUCUCAUCCUCACUUCAACCCAACUCAGUCACAUCAAUCCAACAUGACUCGCUCUCACAAGUUCACCGACCGCGACCACUCCGGCCUUGCUGAUGGCACCGCCCACGAGGACGAGCACCUGCCUCGCUACUUUGCUAAAUCCGGCCACGCUGACCAAGAUCCAACCAAGACUAAGAAGAAUGGCGGUGGUAAGGGCAACUGGGGUCGCGAGGGCGACGAACUCGAAGACCUUGGCUACACCAUGGCCAAUGCACGCCGUCGCUCUAACUCUAGCACCCAUGGCCCUGGCAUGAAAGACUUCAAGACCAAGUUCGAGACGGUCGAGCCAGAGCCCGUUUUCGAAGAAGAACUGCACGGCCCCAUGGGCGCAGAACUCGAUAAGGAGAGCACGGUAUCCAGCGCCAACAGCGCCCAGAGCCUCGAAGAGGAGGACGCCAACAAGAAGUUGUAAGCCCCCCACGACGUCCCGAAAGGGAUGGUCUGGGGACGGAGGGUGCGGGGAGGAGAAUAAGGUAUCACUGAUGGCAUGGAUCAC